AUGACGUUUGUUUUGUUGCCAUUUAAUUUUAACUGGAAUAUUUAUAUAUAAUUUUAUAUAAUGUAGUUUAUGGGAGUGAUGUGUAAUAUUUUAUAUUAGGAAAAAGUGUUAUCAAGUCGUUUAGUCUGUUGUGAUUUUGUGUCGCGUCGUACUUCAAUUUAUUUAAAGAAAUCACGUGUAUAACCUUAAAGUCGGUAUGGAUCCAAAUUCAAAAUACAAUUUAAACGGGAAAUUGGACUCCUCGAAAAUUUCUUUAAAACUAAAACCCACCCCAAUUUUAUUCCGUACUAAAUAUGGCGGUUCCCCGCCAGCAAAGAGAAUAAAAUUAAAUGAAAAUGGAGUAAACGGAACAGCCAAGAAAGCAAUCACAUUUUCGAAUGUUAAUGGACAUUCAUUAAAACCUAAAGUUAAUUUGCAAGAACAAAGGAGAAAUUUACCUAUAUUUGAUAAGAGAAACAAGUUAAUUGAAUUGAUGAAACAGCACAGCACUUUAAUUAUAUUAGCUGAAACUGGUAGUGGUAAAACCACUCAAGUACCACAGUAUAUUAACUCAGCUAGGCUAAUGGAAAAUGGGAAAAUAGCUGUAACACAGCCUAGGCGGGUGGCUGCGAUAAGUGUUGCCAUGAGGGUGGCUCAAGAGUAUGGAAAUGGGAUGUCUAUUGGUGAUUAUGUAGGAUAUUCUGUACGCUUUGAAGAUGUUACAUCAAAAAAGACAAGGAUAAAAUUCUUAACAGAUGGUAUGCUUCUUCGUGAAGCUAUUACAGAUCGGUUGCUUUUGGAUUAUUCAGUAGUUAUAUUAGACGAGGCUCAUGAAAGAACCAUACAUACUGAUGUAUUGUUUGGUAUUGUUAAGAAUGCACAGAGAGUUAGGGUUGAGAGACAUUUACCUCCUCUAAAGAUUAUUCUUAUGUCUGCUACAAUGGACGUUGACCAUCUAUCAAAAUACUUUAAUAAUUGCCAAGUGGUUUAUAUUGAAGGAAGAACAUAUCCAGUACAAAUGUUUUAUACAGUAAAACCUCAUGAUAACUAUCAAACUGCUUGUGUUUCAACGUUUUUUAAAAUUCAUAGAGAGGCACCACCUGACCACGAUGUUUUGAUUUUUUUAACUGGUCAAGAGGAAAUUGAAAGCUGCGCUCAUCAGAUUCGAAUGCUCUCAAAAGAUCCUGAAGUUGAAGGACCGCCUGUAAAAGUGUGCGCUUUGUACGCUGCUCAACCAAGUAUGCAGCAGAUGGCAGUGUUUCAACCUGCUCCUGUUGGAACUCGAAAAGUGGUUAUUAGUACAAAUAUAGCCGAAACUAGUGUGACAAUUAGUGGUAUUAAAUAUGUAAUAGAUGGUGGUAUGGUUAAAUCAAGGACUUUUCAUCCAUCAACCGGCAUGGAAAUAUUAAAAGUGCAAAGAAUUUCACAAGAACAAGCAUGGCAACGAACAGGAAGGGCUGGUAGAGAAUCGGAGGGUCUCUGUUAUAGAAUUUAUACCAAAUCACAAUUUGAACUUAUGAAGAAAAAUAGCAUUCCAGAAAUUCAAAGAGCCAACUUAAAUUCUGUAGCUUUACAGCUUUUGGCUCUCGGUAUUCAUAUGCUACAUUUUGAUUUUUUGGAUAAACCACCAAAUGAUACUAUUGAAGCUGCGUUUGAGCAGCUUCAGCUUCUUGGUGCUAUAGAUGACAUAAAUUCAAAAGUUUUAACUAAUCUAGGAAGAAAAAUGGCGAAAUUUCCAUUAGAUCCACGUUUUAGUAAAAUUCUUCUUUCAGCAGAAAAAUUUGGCUGUUUAGAGGAGGCUUUGUCAGUUGUUUCACUUCUUUCGAGUGAAUCAAUAUUUUUGAAUCCUCCAUCUAAGAGGGAAGAGGCUCAAAAUGCUAGACAAAAAUUUCAUUCUGGUUAUGGUGACCAUCUUACAUUACUAAAUGCUUAUAGAGAAUUUGAAAAUAUUGGCCAGAAUAAUAGGAAAGUUUGGUGCCAUGAACAUUUUAUUCAUAUGAGAAAUAUCUUAUAUGUUCGAGAAGUUAGAUCACAGUUACAAGAAAUUUGUAAACAAUGCGAUAUAAGAGGAUCUUCUUGUGGCAGUCAGAUGGACCAAUUGAGAAAAUGUUUGCUAAGUGGUUUAUUUAUGAAUGUAGCUGAAUUGCAUAGAGACAGACAAUAUAUUACAUUGGACAAACGACAAGUGACACAAAUUCAUCCAAGCUCAAACAUUCACGGACAGCAACCACAUUGUGUUAUAUUUACUGAGGUAGUUCAAACGACCAAGUGUUAUUUAAGAGGUUUAACUACUAUAAAUAGUGAUUGGCUGAACGAAGUUGCUCCAGACUAUGUGAAAAAUCACAAUAUCAAAUUCCAAAGAGACAGUAGUUGAUGUGAAACUUUGGAAAUGUGCCAGAAUGAAUCUGAUUGCCGUUAUUAUGUUCCAAUUUUGUACUCCAGAAGCAAACUUAGUUGCCAGGCGUUAUUUGAACAUAGUUUUGAGAAAAACGAAUUUCAAGUUUUGUUUAGCUCAGAGCCAGCAUUGGACUUAAUUUGAUUUGGAACAGAGUAAUUUAUUCCUACAUAUAGCACAAAAUGAGAAAGAGGCCAGGAUAGAGCAUAAAAAGUUAAGUGUCUUGAUGUAUACCGAUCUGGUCAUUGAAACUGCGUGGUCUGGAUUUUAACAUAUAAACAGUGAUGUAGACAGCUUAAAUGAAAAAUCAAAUUAUUAGUAUUAAAGAGGAUACAUUUUUUUUAUGCGGGUAUUGCCGGAUUUUGCAUUAAAAUUUCAAACCGCACAAGUAGGUGUUUACGAAAAAUGUUGCAUCUAGUGUUGGAACUUUAUUUUUCACAAUUAGUUACUCAUUUUAAUACAGCUGUAAUAUAUUCUUAAACAACUGUCUAACGGAAGUGAGUAUUAUUGAAUGUCUUAGACAGUAUUAUCUUCGUUUAUCCUUUUAUUUCUUGUACGAACCGGCAAAACUGUAUACCGCUUUUUAUUUUGUGUUUUUGUCUGUCAUCUGGUUGUAUAACGGGUGGCGCACCUCAUUCGCCUCGGUUGAUUAUAAGAAAACGG